CGAGUGCUCGUCGACGUGUAUAGCGCAGGCCUAAGCUACUUCGACAUCUUCCAGGCCCAGGGAAAGUACCAGCAUCAGCCCACACAGCCGUUCGUGCCCGGCAGCGAGCUCACGGGACGCAUCGCCGAGAGCUCGCCCAUCCCCGACGGCUGCCCGUUCAGCGCGGCACAGGGCGCGUUCGCGGUGCGCACUGCGCGUCGAACAUGUCGUGCGACCGCGGCACCGGUGCAGCGCGGCGUGGCGCGGCGUGCAGGUCUGUUCGCUACCUGGACAACGAGCUACGAAGGCGUCCGCCGGGGGCGUGAGCAUCGCGGCCUGAGUGCAGCUCGCGAAGGUGCGAUCCUCGUCCUUUGGGCGCUCGGGGCGAAGGUCGUUGCAGCGGCGGGAUCGCAGGAGAAGCUCGACAUCUCGGUCAAGUACGGCGGCACGGACCACAGCGUGAACUAUAGCAAAGAGGGGUGGCGGGAGGAGGUCCUGAAGCUUACGGGUGGGCAGGGCGUCGAUGUGACCUACGACCCGAUCGGGCUCAUUCGUGACUCGCCCAAGUACAUUGCUUUGAAUGGGCAUGCGAUUGUCGUGGGCUUCGCCGCGGGUCAGGUCGACAAGCUUGCCCUGAAUCUUGUCCUUCUCAAGAACAUCUCUAUCGCUAGCAUUCACUGGGGCGUGUAUACGAGGGGCGCCGGUGUACGCCUCCCACGUGUACUAUGUUCGUGUUUCUCACUGUUCCAUUGGCUGGUCGCUUCUGGGCGCGCAAAGCCAGUUGUGUACUCCGAGACUUAUCCUCUGGACCGGCUUGCCGACGGGCUAUCGGCACUGGAGCAACGCAAGACGUGGGGCAAGGUCAUCGUGCACGUACGAGACGCGUCGCCCACUGGACCGAAAGCGAAUCCGCAGGCCCCUAGUGGACGUUUGUCCUGUGCAGUAAGCAUAUAA